UUGGUAUAUCGCUAUUUUCAGGAAGUUGCAACAGCGAAAAAACACGGAACCAAAAAUCAAAAACUCGCGUUAGCGGCAUUGAAGCGGAAAAAGCAUCACGAAACUGAAUUGUCACGAAUUGACGGGGUAUUAAUAAAAAUUGAAGCACAACGGGCUGCUUUGGAAGAUGCUGGCCUUAACAUGGAAGUGCUAGGUGUUGGAGAACUUAUGGAUAGCAUAGCGGAAGACCUCCAACUGUCGGACGAGUUUGCAACGGCUAUCAGUCAACCAAUAGGUGAUGUCGCAGACGAGGAUGAAUUAUUGAAAGAACUGGAAGAACUUGAAAAGGGCUCAAUCGCUGACAUCCCGGUUGAAUUACCCGAAGCACCUAGUGGGCCGAUUACUAGAGCGCGCGCGAGUCGCGACAAGCUACGUCGAAUGGACACAGAGAUGGAGGAGCUGCAAAAAUGGGCUGCGGCUAACUAG